UGGACUCUGAACUUCUCAAGCUGCGACUCCUGAUCCUCUCUCUCUGAAUAAAGAUAGAGCUUUACCCAGACUGCACAUUCCUUCCUCUGUCCCAGAUCUGAUUUUUGAAGAUAUGAAGAGGGAAGUUUUAAAAUCAAGAGACGAAGGGUUUAUAACCGAAACAUUGACCCUCCUGCUCCUCGGAUGCUGCCUGACUCCCCUGUGAUUUUCCAGUGCCACAUUUUUCGACUGACUCUCCAGCAUCUCUGGUCCUCACUUUGAUGUCAAUGUCUGACAGUCACUCAAUCCACUGGGGCCAGCAAAGAUUUUCGUCCGUGAUUUCUGAGAGAGGAAUCAAAGCUUUUUGGUUCCUGUCUGAGUAUGUUUUCAGCGUCAGUGGGACUGGACGAGAGACCCCACUGUUGCAGCGCACUGUGUGAGGAGCCUGAAACAGUUAUUACGCCUGGGAAGGGGAUUUCACGGCAGGGAGGGGCUCUACACGUGUUUGUGUGCAGUUGAAGCUUUGGCCAUGGAGAAACCCGAGGAAUCCCGCCCUGUGGAGAAACCGUGGAAGUGUGGGGACUGUGGGAAAGGCUUCCGUGUCCUGUCUGCCCUGGAGACUCAUUGGCGCAGUCACACCGGGGAGAGGCCAUUCCCCUGCACCGACUGUGGGAAGGCCUUCAGACAUUUCUGCCACCUGCUGGCCCACCAGCGGGUCCACACGGGUGAAAGGCCCUUCAGCUGCCCUGAGUGUGGGAAGGCCUUCAGCGAUUCCUCCACCCUGCGGACCCACCGGCGUGUCCACACCGGGGAGAGGCCCUUCAGCUGCCCCGAGUGCGGGAAGGCCUUUACCCAGUCCUCCACCCUGAUUAGGCACCAGCGUGUCCACACCGGGGAGAGGCCGUUCACCUGCUCUCAGUGCGGGAAGGGCUUCACCUGGUCCUCCACCCUGCUGACCCACCAGCGGGUCCACACCGGGGAGAGGCCCUUCAGCUGCCCCGAGUGCGGGAAGGCCUUCAGCAAUUCCUCCGCCCUGCUGAUCCACCAGCAUGUCCACACCAGGGAGAGGCCAUUCACCUGCUCUCAGUGCGGGAAGGGCUUCAUCUGCUCCUCCGCCCUGCUGACCCACCAGCGGAUCCACACGGGGGAGAGGCCCUUCAGCUGCCCCGAGUGCGGGAAGGCCUUCAGCGAUUCCACCACCCUGCUGAAGCACCAGCGGGUCCACACCGAGGAGAGGCCGUACAUCUGCUCUCAGUGCGGGAAGGGCUUCAUCUGCUCCUCCGCCCUGCUGACCCACCAGCGGAUCCACACGGGGGAGAGGCCCUUCAGCUGCCCCGAGUGCGGGAAGGCCUUCAGCACAUCUUCCUCCCUGCUGAGGCACCAGCAGAUCCACACCAGGGAGAGGCCGUUCAUUUGCCCUCAGUGCGGGAAGGGCUUCACCCGCUCCUCCCACCUGCGGAGACACCAGCGAGUUCAUACACAGAGUAAACCGUGGAAGUGUGGGGACUGUGGGAAAGCCUUCCGUGUCCCGUCUGCCCUGGAGAUUCAUCGGCGCCGUCACACCGGGGAGAGGCCAUUCCCCUGCACCGACUGUGGGAAGGCCUUCAGACAUUCCUCCCACCUGCUGGCCCACCAGCGGGACCACACGGGGGAAAGGCCCUUCAGUUGCCCCGAGUGCGGGAAGGCCUUCGUGUUUUUCUCCACCCUGCUGAGGCACCAGCAGGUCCACACAGGAGAGAGGCCGUUCAGCUGCCCAGAGUGCGGGAAGGCUUUUGCCAACAACUCCGCCCUGCUGAGGCACCAGCAGUUCCACACCGGGGAAAGGCCCUUCAGCUGCCCUGAGUGUGGGAAGGCCUUCAGGGAUUCCUCCAUCCUGCUGGCCCACCAGCGAGUCCACACGGGGCAGAGGCCCUUCAGCUGCCCAGAGUGUGGGAAGGGAUUCAGCACAUCCUCCGCCCUGCUGAAGCACCAGCGGGUCCACACCGAGGAGAGGCCGUACAUCUGCUCUCAGUGCAGGAAGGGCUUCAGCACAUCCUCCAUCCUGCUGACCCACCAGCGGGUCCACACCGAGGAGAGGCCGUACAUCUGCUCUCAAUGCGGGAAGGGUUUCAGCAGAUCCUCCACCCUGCUGACCCACCAGCGGGUCCACACCGAGGAGAGGCCAUACACCUGCUCUCAGUGCGGGAAGGCCUUUACCCGGUCCUCCACCCUGAUGAGGCACCAGCGGGUCCACACCGGGGAGAGGCCCUUCAGCUGCCCCGAGUGCGGGAAGGCCUUCAGCAGAUCUUCCUCCCUGCUGACCCACCAGCGGAUCCACACCGGGGAGAAGCCCUACAUCUGCUCUCAGUGCGGGAAGGGCUUCACCCGCUCCACCCACCUGCGGAGACACCAGCGAGUUCACGUCCCGUUGCAGGGAGAUUGAAGGAGUGACGGCCGAGUCCCAUUAUCGAUUGGAAUAUCAACCCGGUUCUGGGGACUCCCGGGUUCGAAUCCCACCACGACAGAUGGCAGAAUUGGUAUUCGGUCAGAAAUGUGGAAUUCGGAAUCUAACGAUGAGACCAUUUCAGGGAGGGGGUGGUAGGGGGAGAAAGCCCCCAUCUGAUUCCCUCUCUCCCUUGUUAGGGAAGGGAACCGCCAUUGUGGGAAAGGAUACACUAAAGUCGUUCCAGCUGCAUCCUUUACCCGGUCUGGCCUACACGUGACUCCAGACCCACAGCAGUCUGGUUGACUCUACACUGCCCCUUCCUGGCAAAGGAGCGGGGAGAAACUUACUUGGAGACAGGGUAUGGGUUGAAAUUGCUGAGUGAGGCAAUACUUCCUCCGGGUUAUGGCUGUACCAAGGAUCCAAUUUCAAAGGGACAGCUUGGUGCUGACCAAUAGUAAAGACAGUGAGGGGGGUGGGGGGAACAGGAGAGGUGUGGUGUGUGCACUUUCACCUUGAGCUGUUCAAAAAGCAACUACUUUUUCUCUGCCUCUUUGCUGGGGGGAUCUGAAGCUGUAA